AUGUCCUCCAGACCAGAGCUCAAGGUCGAUGACGAACAUGGCUUCAUUCGCUUCUACAAGUCCUUGCCACAACUUGGCGAAGAGGCCAUAAGGAUAUUCGAUAGAGGGGACUGGUACACAGCACACGGCGAUGAUGCCACCUUCAUUGCCCGAACUGUCUACAAGACAACAUCAGUUAUCCGCCAGCUUGGCCGAAGCGAUCAUACCGGCCUUCCAUCUGUUACCAUGACCGUCACCGUCUUCCGGCAAUUCCUCCGUGAAGCCCUCUUCAAGCUAGGGAAACGAAUCGAGAUCUGGGCCAGCCCCAGCGGCCGCAUGAACUGGAAGAUCGUCAAGCAAGCAUCUCCGGGAAACCUACAGGAUGUGGAGGAUGAACUAGGUGGCCAGUUUGAGGGAGCUCCCGUCAUCCUAGCAGUCAAGAUCUCAGCCAAGGCUUCGGAGGCCAGGGCAGUGGGAGUGUGCUUUGCCGAUGCCAGUGUACGGGAACUGGGAGUCAGCGAGUUCCUCGAUAACGAUCUAUACUCCAACUUCGAAGCAUUGCUCAUUCAACUAGGCGUUAAAGAAUGCAUCAUCACACAGGACAAGGGCGAGAAGGAAAAGGAUCCAGAGUUGGCCAAGUUGAGGCAGAUCAUCGACAACUGUGGUGUUGCCGUAUCAGAAAGACCUGCAGGUGAGUUCGGCAUCAAGGACAUCGAGCAAGAUCUAUCACGGUUGUUGAAGGAUGAACGUGCUGCCACCCUACUCCCACAAACCGACUUGAAACUUGCCAUGGGAUCUGCCGCGGCCCUCAUCAAGUAUCUAGGCGUACUGCACGAUUCCUCCAAUUUUGGCCAGUAUCAACUGUACCAACACGACCUGGCCCAGUUCAUGAAGCUGGAUGCGGCAGCAUUGAAGGCCCUCAACCUCAUGCCUGGUGCUAGGGAUGGAGCAAAGAACAUGAGUCUCUACGGGUUGUUGAACCACUGCAAGACUCCUGUGGGAAGCAGGCUACUUUCACAAUGGCUCAAGCAGCCACUCAUGAAUGCGGAGGAGAUUGAGAAGCGCCAACAGCUGGUUGAGGCCUUUGCCAAUGACACCGAGCUACGACAGACAAUGCAGGAAGAACAUCUCAGGUCCAUCCCUGACUUGUAUCGGCUGUCUAAGCGGUUCCAGCGUGGCAAGGCAACACUAGAGGACGUCGUGAGGGCAUACCAGGUGGUCAUCCGCGUACCAGGCUUUAUUGGAACCCUCGAAGGCGUGAUGGAUGAAGCUUACCGUGACCCUCUUGAUGAGGUCUACACCAACAAGCUCCGCGAGCUCUCAGACAGCCUUGUCAAGCUUCAGGAAAUGGUCGAGACCACCGUUGAUCUUGACGCCCUCGAUAACCACGAGUUCAUCAUCAAGCCCGAAUUCGACGAUAGUCUACGCAUCAUUCGCAAGAAGCUGGACCGACUUCGUACCGACAUGGACAACGAGUUCGCCGAUGCCGCCGAUGAUCUCGGCCAAGAGCGUGAGAAGAAGAUCUUCCUUGAGAACCACAAGGUUCACGGCUGGUGCAUGCGUCUUACCCGUACCGAAGCUGGCUGCAUCCGCAACAACUCGCGCUACCUCGAGUGCUCAACCCAGAAGAACGGUGUCUACUUCACCACCAAGACUCUCCAAACCCUCCGCCGUGAAUUCGAUCAGCUCUCCCAGAACUACAACCGCACCCAAAGCAGUCUCGUCAACGAAGUCGUCGGCGUCGCUUCCUCCUACUGCCCCGUCCUCGAGCGGCUCGCCGCCGUUCUCGCCCACCUCGACGUCAUCGUCUCCUUUGCGCACUGCUCCGUCCACGCUCCCACCUCCUACGUCCGGCCCAAGAUCCACCCCCGCGGCACCGGCCGCACCGUCCUCACCGAAGCCCGCCACCCAUGCAUGGAAGUCCAAGAUGAUGUGACUUUCAUCACCAACGACGUCACCCUUUCACGAGAAGACUCCUCCUUCCUCAUCAUCACGGGCCCCAACAUGGGUGGCAAGUCGACCUACAUCCGCCAAAUCGGCGUAAUCGCGCUCAUGGCGCAAAUCGGGUGCUUCGUGCCCUGCUCGUCCGCAGAACUCACCAUCUUCGACAGCAUCCUCGCGCGCGUCGGCGCGUCCGACUCGCAGCUCAAGGGCGUGUCGACCUUCAUGGCUGAGAUGCUGGAGACAGCCAACAUCCUCAAGUCGGCCACGGCCGAGAGCCUGAUCAUCAUCGACGAGCUGGGCCGCGGCACAUCUACCUACGACGGGUUUGGUCUCGCGUGGGCCAUCUCCGAGCACAUCGUCAAAGAGAUCGGCUGCUUUGCGCUGUUCGCUACGCACUUCCACGAACUGACUGCACUGGCGGACCAGUAUCCUAAUGUCAAGAAUUUGCAUGUUACGGCGCAUAUCAGCGGCACUGAUGCCGACACCGACGCUGACAGUGAAAAAGAGAAGAAGAAGCGCGAGGUAACGCUCUUGUACAAAGUCUCGCCGGGAGUCUGCGACCAGAGCUUCGGCAUCCACGUAGCCGAGCUGGUCCGUUUUCCCGAAAAGGUGGUGCGCAUGGCCAAGCGCAAGGCGGACGAGCUGGAGGACUUUACUAGCAAGCAUGACGAGGAGAAUGGAGGUGGGCUGGGGGUGCAGUACAGCAAGCAGGAUGUGGAGGAGGGUAGUGCGUUGUUGAAGGACGUGCUGGUGAAGUGGAAGGAUGAGGUCAAGAGUGGGCAGAUGAGUAAGGAGGAGAUGGUGGGGCGAUUGAAGGAGUUGGUGCAGAAGGAUGGCAGGUUGGUGGGGAACCCGUUUUUUAAGAGUGUUCUGGCUUUGUGA